UUAAGAUAUAUUGAAAAAAUAUAAAUAUACACCGUAGAGUAGUGAUGUGAAUUAGUUUCGGUUUCCCCUUCCAAGUUCCUUAUAUAAACAACAUCUAUUCCAAAGUUUGAACUACUUCAACUCGGGAAUUUCCUUGGUGAAAGCUAAGCUUUUGAAACCAUGGCUCUAACUACCAACCCUUCAUCCCUCCUUUGUGUUUCCCUCAUCGCCAUUGUCCUCUACUUUGCUGAUUCACAAUCCUUCAUCGGAGUAAACUACGGCCAAGUCGCCGACAACCUUCCGUCACCGGACGCCACGGCGGGGCUACUUAAAUCCACCACCAUUGGGAAAGUCCGACUUUACGGCGCCGAUCCAGCCAUCAUAAAAGCGCUGGCAAAUUCCGGCAUCGGAAUAGUCAUCGGCGCCGCCAACGGCGACAUUCCGAGUCUAGCCUCAAAUCCCAACUCAGCAACUCAGUGGGUCAACUCAAACGUGUUACCAUACUACCCUGCCAGCAACAUCACUCUGAUCACCGUCGGUAAUGAAGUCAUGACCUCCGGCGACAAUGGUCUCAUAUCACAGCUUCUCCCGGCGAUUCAAAAUGUCCAAAAUGCCCUUAACUCGGUCUCACUAGGUGGCAUUAAGGUGUCCACGGUGCAUUCGAUGGCUGUGUUGACUCAGUCGGAUCCUCCAUCUUCCGGGUCAUUUGACCCGGCUCUUCAAGACACUCUCAAACAGUUGCUGGAGUUUCAGAAAGAUAACAAAUCGCCGUUCACUAUUAACCCGUAUCCGUUUUUCGCUUACCAGAGUGACCCAAGAUCCGAAACGCUUGCAUUCUGUUUAUUCCAGCCAAAUUCGGGUCGGGUCGAUUCGGGUAACGGUAAACUUUACACCAACAUGUUCGACGCUCAGGUUGAUGCUGUCCAUUCUGCAUUGGGUGCAAUGGGAUUCGAAGAGAUAGAAAUAGUGGUAGCUGAGACAGGAUGGCCCUCACGUGGGGACAACAAUGAAAUUGGACCAAGUGUUGAAAAUGCAAAAGCAUAUAAUGGGAACCUAAUCACACAUCUUAGAUCAUUGGUUGGUACUCCUUUGAUGCCUGCAAAAUCUAUUGACACAUACAUUUUUGGUCUCUAUGAUGAAGAUUUGAAACCUGGCCCUGGAUCAGAACGCGCGUUUGGUCUUUACAAAAUUGAUCUUACUGUGGCAUAUGAUGUUGGCUUAGACAAGUCUACCCAAAAGAGUCCAUCAAGUAGUCCAAAGGGUCGAGUUACACCAGCAACACAAUGGUGCAUUCCAGUAGUGGGAGUAACUGAUUCUCAGCUACAAACAAAUCUUGACUAUGUGUGUAGUAGAGAAGGCAUAGAUUGUAAAGAAAUUCAACAAGGAGGUGCUUGUUUUGAACCUAAUACAAUAGCAUCUCAUGCUGCCUAUGCCAUGAAUUUUUAUUACCAAAAAUUUGGCAAAAAUCCUUGGAACUGUGAUUUUGCUCAAACAGCAACUCUUACAUCCCAAAAUCCAAGUUACAAUACAUGCAUUUAUCCAAGUGGAAGUACCUGAAUACCGAAGCUUAAGGUUGAGUCACUUAUAAAUUUAUUUAUACUAUUAUUAAAUUAAUGAACAAGCUAGACUCCACCUUUAUUUUAUUUUAUUUAUUAUCCUUUAAUUUUUUAUAACUUUAAUUGUAAAUUGAUUCCAACUCACGCUCGGUUGUGUAUUUAUCCUAUAUCUUAAGCUAUAUAUGAUUAUGAGACGAUUUUUUUUUUUUUUAA